AGAGCCAAAAAGAGAGGGAAAAAAAACAUGAUGACAAAUAUUGCCGGCAAUUUUAAGAGGAUAUUUCCUUAUUUCACUAGGAAUUAAACUUGGUAACUAGCACAGCAAAGACAUUGUUUACAUUCCGCGACAUGAUUUCUUCCACUUCUUUCUUCUGCUGCUUCAUUCUAACUUGGAAAAGGUUCAGAAUUUUUCAUUUUAAUAGAAAGAGAGAAAGAAAUCUGAGUACUUGGAAAAUGCAGGUUACUUUCUGUAGGACCACAUGAGGACUAUAGUAUGAUUAGAAAGUGACAAAUGACUGAGUUUCUUCUCCCAAAUUCCACGGCACAUGUAAUGUCACAUGAUGCUCUCUCACAUUCAUUUGUGCUGACUAAUUCUACUUCUUGACAAUUGACAAUAAUUCAACUACCACUGUUUUUCAGUCUUUUACUCUUAUCGUUUCUCCUUUUUUCCAAGAUCCUAGUUAAAAGAUCACUAUGGAUUCUUUCAGAAUAUGGUUCAAGUCUUUGCAUAACUCUGCUGGAAAAUUUCUUGGACAAUUUAAGUACUGGAAAAAAGAGAAAAAGAAACCAAAGAGAAUGGUUUCUGAUUUCAGUUGGUUAUCAGGUUUUGCAGCUAUGGAAAUCUCUAGUCAACUUAAAUUAGUCUUUAAAUUCAUAGAUGCUAAUGGAGAUGGGAAGAUAUCUCCACUGGAGUUAACUGAAAUUUUGUUGAGUCUUGGACAUGAAGAAUUAAAAGCUGCUGAAGAAUUAGCUGAAGUUAUGGUAAAAGAAAUGGAUAGUGAUGGGGAUGGAUUUGUGGAUUUGGAUGAGUUCAUGAGUAUUAUGGGGGUGGAAAAUGAUCAAGUUUUUGGUGAUUCUACUAAGGAUAUUGAUGAGCUUAGGGGAGCUUUUCUUGUAUUUGAUGCUGAUAAAAAUGGAGUUAUAUCUGCUAAAGAGUUGAGGAGAGUCCUAAUUAGUCUUGGUUGUGUAAAUUGCAGUGUUAAAGAGUGUCGUAGAAUGAUUAAAGGGGUUGAUAAAGAUGGUGAUGGAUUUGUAAAUUUUGAUGAGUUUAAAGAAAUGAUGGGUGCUGGUUGCAAUCUUUAGUAUAGUAAGCUCAUAAUCUUUUUUUUUUUAAAAUUCUAUUUUUGUAUUAUUUGGGAUUUGAAGGGGAGCUUAGCACAAGUUAAUAGUUGUCUGUGUAUGAUCAGUACGAGUUUAAACUGUGGAAGCAAAAUGUAAGAGUGCGUGUAAUUGACCCAAUAUAAUUUAGCCCUUUUUCGAACUAGGCGCACACGAAAAUCUUAGUGCAUCGGGCUGACUUUCUUUUCUUUUUAAUGUUUGGGAUUUUCUUCGUUUGUAUGUUCACUGUGAAAAUUCACUUUUUCUUGUAAUUAGUAUUGUCGGGCUUGUGUUUUCUCA